AUGGCGGGCGGCGCGGCGGGCGAGGCGCAGUGCCUCAGCUACACGGGAUGCAACUUCCUGCGGCAGCGCCUGGUGCUGGCCACGCUCAGCGGCCGCCCGCUGAAGAUCCGCAAGAUCCGUGCCAAGGAGGAGGACCCCGGCCUCCGCGAUUUUGAAGCAAGUUUUAUUCGCCUGAUUGACAAAGUGACCAAUGGCUCAAGGAUUGAAAUAAACCAAACAGGUACGACCUUGUACUAUCAGCCUGGUCUCCUGUACGGAGGCUCACUGGAACAUGACUGCAGCCCCAGCCGUGGUAUUGGCUAUUACUUGGAAAGUCUGCUCUGCUUGGCACCUUUCAUGAAGCAUCCAUUGAAGAUUGUCUUGAGGGGAGUAACAAAUGAUCAAGUAGAUCCUUCGGUUGAUGUCCUUAAGGCAACAGCUCUACCCCUUCUGAAGAAGUUUGGAAUUGAUGGUGAAAGUCUGGAAAUCAAGAUCAAUCGAAGAGGAAUGCCUCCCAAAGGGGGUGGAGAGAUACUAUUUUCUUGCCCAGUGAGAAAGGUCUUGCAGCCUGUUCAGUUCACAGACCCUGGAAAAAUCAAGCGCAUCAGAGGAACUGCAUACUCUGUCCGAGUGUCACCACAGAUGGCAAACAGAAUGGUGGAAUCUGCAAGGGGCAUCCUGAAUAAAUUCCUCCCAGACAUCUAUAUCUACACAGACCAUAUGAAGGGGGUCAACUCUGGAAAAUCACCAGGUUUUGGCAUGUGCCUUACUGCAGAAACCAUCAAUGGCACUAUUCUCAGUGCUGAGCUAGCCUCAAACCCUCAGGGCCAGGGAGCAGCUGUGCUUCCUGAGGAACUGGGCCAGAAUUGUGCUAAGCUGCUGCUUGAGGAGGUCUACAGAGGAGGCUGUGUAGAUUCAACAAAUCAGAGCCUUGCUCUGCUCCUUAUGACCCUUGGACAGCGGGAUGUUUCCAAAGUCCUGUUGGGACCUUUGUCUCCAUACACAAUUGAGUUUCUGCGACACCUCAGAAGCUUCUUCCAGAUCAUGUUUAAAAUUGAAACAAAGACCACUGAGGAAGAGCACAUGGGCGGGGAGAAAGUUUUGAUGACCUGUGUUGGCAUUGGAUUUUGCAACCUCAGUAAAACUAUAAGAUAAAAAACAUGUACAGACUCUGUGAAAGACAGAAAAUGCUGCAAAGAUCUAAUAAACCGUACCUGUCUCUGUACUUACUCUGGCACAGGUAGACCUGUGAUGAUUCCAGCGUAGGGUUACCCAAGCUCACUGCACAAAAACAAUAAAGCUGACUUCAGAGUA